AUGAGCUACGUGAAGAAAGAUGAAGACGCGGACCAGGUCAUGAUCAAGCUUGAUCGGACCGCCGUAUUCCAAGAUGCUCGCCUGUUCAAUUCCUCUCCUAUCUCACCACGAACAUGUCGGACGUUACUCACCAAGAUCGCUGUCCUCGUGUUCACCGGGGAACAGUUCCCCACGGACGAAGCCACCACCCUCUUCUUCGGAAUCUCUAAACUCUUCCAGAACAAGGACCCGUCAUUGCGGCAAAUGGUGUAUUUGAUCUUGAAGGAGCUGGCAGGUACCGCCGAAGAUGUGAUCAUGUCGACAAGUAUCAUAAUGAAGGACACUGCGGUGGGAAGCGAUGUUUUGUACCGGGCCAAUGCCAUCAGAGCACUCUGCCGCAUUAUCGAUGGUUCGACAGUACAAGGUAUCGAGCGACUUAUCAAGACCGCCAUUGUCGACAAGACCCCUUCUGUGUCCUCCGCCGCCUUGGUCUCCUCCUACCACCUCCUUCCUAUUGCGCGCGACGUUGUCCGGAGAUGGCAGAGCGAAACACAGGAAGCUGCCUCAUCAUCGAAGUCAUCAAGCGGUUUCCUCGGUUUCUCCUCGGGCUCCCAAAGCCACGCCAUCUCCAAUUCUAACUUCAUGACCCAGUACCAUGCGAUUGGUCUUUUGUAUCAGAUGCGCUCUCACGAUCGGAUGUCCUUGGUCAAGAUGGUGCAGCAAUACGGCGCUGCGGGUGUAGUUAAAAGCCCGGCUGCUUUGGUUUUGUUGGUGCGUCUAGCGGCCAAGUUGGCCGAAGAGGACCAAGGCCUCCGGAAACCCAUGAUGCAGAUGCUGGAUGGCUGGCUCCGUCACAAGCAUGAGAUGGUUAACUUCGAGGCCGCUAAGGCUAUUUGCGAUAUGCGCGAUGUCACCGAUGCCGAGGCAACCCAGGCAGUCCACGUUCUCCAGCUCUUCCUGUCCUCCCCCCGGUCCAUCACGAAGUUCGCGGCUAUCCGUAUCCUCCACAGCUUCGCCUCGUUCAAGCCACAUGUUGUGAACGUGUGCAAUCCCGAUAUGGAGUCCCUUAUCUCCAACUCGAACCGCUCCAUCGCCACCUUUGCCAUCACUACACUCCUCAAGACCGGCAAUGAGGCCAGCGUUGACCGUUUGAUGAAGCAAAUCUCAGGAUUUAUGGCCGAUAUCACCGAUGAGUUCAAGGUCACUAUUGUUGAGGCCAUCCGCACUUUGUGCUUGAAGUUCCCCAGUAAGCAGGCCGGUAUGCUCGUUUUCUUGAGCGGCAUCCUACGGGACGAGGGCGGUUACGAAUUCAAGCGCACUGUUGUUGAGAGCAUGUUCGAUUUGAUCAAGUUUGUUCCUGAAAGCAAGGAAGAUGCUCUUGCCCACCUGUGUGAGUUCAUUGAGGACUGUGAAUUCACCAAGCUUUCAGUCAGAAUCCUUCACCUGCUUGGUUCGGAAGGCCCCAAGACUACCCAUCCCACCAAGUAUAUUCGUUACAUCUACAACCGUGUCGUACUGGAGAACGCCAUCGUACGCGCUGCUGCUGUAACUGCAUUGGCCAAGUUUGGUGUUGGCCAGAAGGACCCUGAAGUCAAAUCUAGCGUCCAUGUUCUCCUCACCCGUUGUCUUGAUGAUACCGAUGACGAGGUGCGAGACCGUGCUGCGCUCAAUCUGCGGUUAAUGGGCGAGGAAGACGAGGCAGCGAGCGCUUUCAUCAAGAAUGACUCGAUGUACUCUCUCUCCACAUUUGAACACCAACUCGUCAUGUACGUGACGUCUGGUGACAAGCAAACCUUCGCCACUGCCUUCGACGUUGCCUCCAUCCCUGUCGUUUCCCACGAGCAGGCUCUGGCCGAAGAGAGAACCAAGAAGCUCACCUCAGCUACCCCCACCCUCAAGGCCCCCUCAGCUGGUCCCGCGAAGGGCAAGGCCGCCGGCGGCAUGGCGGAGGCUGCGACAGCUUCUGCCACCCAGAAGUAUGCCGAGCAACUUUUGCAGUACCCCGACCUCAAGGCGUACGGUGCUUUGCUCAAGUCUUCUGCUCCUGUCGAACUUUCCGAGAGCGAAACCGAGUAUGUUGUUACGGCCGUCAAGCACAUUUUCAAGGAGCACAUUGUCGUGCAAUAUGACAUCAAGAACACACUCCCUGAUACCGUUCUCGAGAACGUCACCGUGGUAGCCACGCCAGAGGAGGAUGACGUAUUGGAAGAGGACUUCAUCAUUCCCGCCCCUAAGCUCCCCACAGACGAGCCUGGCGUCGUCUACGUGGCUUUCAAGAAGCUCGCCGGCGAGAACAGCGUCCCUGUUACCUCCUUCACAAAUAGCCUAAAGUUCACUAGCAAAGAGAUCGACCCCACAACGGGCGAGCCGGAGGACAGCGGUUACGACGAUGAGUACCAGGUGGAGGAUCUCCAGCUCACUGGCAGCGACUAUGUCAUUCCCACUUUUGCUGGAAGCUUCGACCACAUCUGGGAACAGACCGGUGCUAAUGGCGAGGAAGAAAGCGAGACUUUGCAGCUCAGCAACAUGAAGGGCAUCAAUGAUGCCACAGAACAAUUGAUCGCUGCCCUGUCUCUGCAACCCCUAGAGGGCACGGAUGUUCCUCUCAACAGCAGCACACAUACGCUCAAGCUGUUCGGAAAGACCGUUUCCGGCGGCCGCGUCGCCUCCCUGAUCAAGAUGGCCUACUCCAGCAAGGCCGGUGUUACCACCAAGAUCACCGUCCGAGCGGAAGAGGAGGGCGUUGCUGCGGCUGUGAUCGCUUCUGUGUCUUAA